GCCAAAACGAAAACCACUCUCCCUCAAUUGAACAGGAAUUCCCCGACUCGACCGACCAGGUAAGUAAAUUUAGCUAUCGUCGGAUAUAGCUAGCCCUUGAUUGGGAACUGGGUCUCUCCCCUUACUCGCGCGCUCGAUAUACCGCCAUCCCUCGCAGACCGAUCGAACCCUGCCCUCUGCGGCGGUUGUUUUUCUGCGCCUUUGUCCCCGGGCAACAUCACGGCAUUCAUUGUUGCCCUGCAGUCAAACUUGUGACUUGUGUCCUGCACCCCACGACGCCGGUGGACUCUGCCUCACAUUGCGCUCGUUUUAAUUCUAUCGGAGCUGGCAAAAUACGAUCGUACCGCGUCAUUUCGAUAAGCGGCGGCUGUUAAGCGAUCAACAUGGAGAAUUAUCAGAAGAUUGAGAAAAUCGGCGAGGGAACCUACGGUGUUGUUUACAAGGCUCGUGAACUCACCCACCCGAACCGCAUUGUUGCGUUGAAGAAAAUCCGACUCGAAGCUGAAGAUGAAGGCGUACCAAGCACGGCAAUCCGUGAGAUCUCUCUGCUUAAGGAAAUGAAUGACCCGAACAUUGUUCGACUACUCAACAUCGUGCAUGCAGAUGGGCAUAAACUAUAUCUUGUUUUCGAAUUCCUGGACCUCGAUCUCAAGAAGUACAUGGAGGCACUGCCGGUUAGUGAGGGUGGACGCGGUAGGGCUUUGCCAGAUGGUUCCUCCCUCAGCAGGAACUUGGGCCUGGGAGAUGCGAUGGUCAAGAAAUUCAUGGCACAAUUGAUUGAGGGCAUCCGUUACUGUCACAGUCACAGAGUCCUGCACCGUGACUUGAAACCUCAGAACCUCCUGAUCGACCGUGACGGUAACCUGAAACUGGCGGAUUUUGGACUGGCAAGGGCAUUCGGUGUUCCUCUGAGAACCUACACACACGAGGUGGUGACGCUAUGGUACCGAUCCCCUGAAAUCCUUCUGGGUGGCCGCCAGUACUCCACCGGUGUCGACAUGUGGUCUUGCGGUGCCAUUUUUGCUGAAAUGUGUACUCGCAAGCCGCUGUUCCCCGGAGAUUCUGAAAUCGAUGAGAUCUUCAAGAUCUUCCGACUACUCGGUACUCCAGAUGAGGUCCUCUGGCCAGGAGUUACCUCCUUCCCUGAUUACAAGCCAACCUUCCCCAAGUGGAAACGUGAAGAAACUCACAAUCUGGUACCUGGCCUCGAAGACGAUGGCCUUGACCUGCUGGAGGCCCUACUUGAAUAUGACCCAGCCCGGCGCCUCUCGGCCAAACAGGCUUGCAUGCACCCCUACUUCCAGAACGGCAGCUCGUACUAUUCUGGUCGCACCAGACGCAAUGGCUUUCAUUGAUUGGAUGAUUCAUGAGUUUCGUUUAUAUGUAAUCUACGUUCGUAUACCAAUGGCUGUGGCCGACAGGGGUUGAACCGGGAUUCUUGCAGGUGGUGACGAUGCGGCUGACAUACGUUCUUGGGCCGACCGACUUCACCCCUUGAUCCCGACGUCUUGUUACACUGUACCGUGCCUUGUUCAUUCGUUCUUUUAUUUCUUUUGUUCGGGGCGUUUGUUAUGGAGUGAUUUGGUAGGAAAGAAAUUAGGCUAUGGAUACUCCAAGGACUUUAUAUUUUCUUUUCAAAAUAUGUUCCUAGUUGCUACAGUAUAUACCCAUUCCAAUAAGUUCAUAAGCAGCCUGGGAAGUGACGGAGGAUGAUGGGAACCGAUUAGGUGCUUCAAGAUUGCCCAGGACCACCUGCAGUCCUGCAGUCCGACAUGGAGGGCUUUUUUUGUCUUUUCGCCCGUGCGCCAAUACGGUAAUGACUCCAU